AUGUCGCGAACGAACGCAGGCAUCGCCGGAGUAACGGGCGUUGGGGUGUUUGGUGCUGCCGUGCUAUACGCGUCCACGCAGUAUCCCUCCUUCAGGAGGCAGCUCGUCCGGUUGGGGAUAUGCGACGCUGAUCCCCUCGCCGACACUCUGGAACCGCUUCUGAGGUGGGUCGCAAUGGGAAUGCGACGCAUAGACAUCGUCUCUGUGGAUGACCUGUCGAAUCGGCAGCUCACGUGCAUCAUGGAGCUCGCUGGGUAUUUCAAGGAAAAGGUAUCGCAAAAGCAGAGCUGCGAGCUGCUGCAGAACAAGAUCAUGGUCACGCUUUUCCAUGAAGCCAGCACACGUACGAGGUGUUCAUUCGAGGCGGCGAUGCUCAGACUCGGCGGGAAGGUCGUUUCAGUCACUGAUCCUACCACCUCGUCGGCUGCCAAGGGCGAAACCAUCGAGGAUUCAGUAAGGGUGCUGUCCUCCUACGCCGAUGUUUUGGUCCUGCGCCACCCCGAAAAAGGCUGCAUGGAGAGAGUGCGUAGCCAUGUCAAGGUCCCGCUGAUCAACGCAGGCGACGGCAGCGGUGAGCACCCCAGCCAAGCACUGCUCGACCUCUACACCAUAUCGACAUUCUUCCCGAUUCUCCAACGAAACAAGUCCCAUACGCCUUUCACGAUAUGCUUCGUGGGUGACUUGAAGAACGGCAGGGCCGCGCAUUCGUUGGCGAAGCUGCUGAGUCGGUUCAACGUCGUCAUGCGUUACGUGGCGCCACCGCAGCUGCAGAUGCCGACGCAGAUACAGAGGGAGGUGGAAAACAACUUUGCCAAAUAUGAAAUCCCGGACCUGCCAUUCCCCAGACAAACGAGCUUCAGCGACAUAGAGGACGGGUGCGAAGGCACAGACGUCAUCUACGUCACGCGGCUGCAAAAGGAACGAAUGAACAGCGAAGACGCUAUGAAACUGAGGGGGUCAUACAGCGUACAAAAGUCGCUAAUCGCAAAGCUGCCACCGCACGUCAAGAUAAUGCAUCCGCUUCCCAGGGUUGACGAACUCCCGCGCGAUAUCGACGCCGACGGAAGGGCGGUCUAUUUCGAGCAGGCCGAAAACGGGCUCUACGUCAGGAUGGCCAUGCUGUACCUCAUCCUGAACGCCUCCUAA